AUGGCAUCGUCGGGAAUACCGCUUUUCACGUCAGACAAGUCAAACAUCGCUCGUGCUCUUCAUCCCUACUUUCCUGAUGACCAAGCAGUGAGGAAGACAUGGCGCCCAGUCUCUUUCAGCAAGGUUGCCUUUCUCAUCACGAUAUUCCUAUUCACUGGCUUUCUCGCCAGUACUAUUGCACUUCAUCUAAAGUAUGAACGCUCCGGCGCAAUCAUGUUUGCUUCGGACGGGAGAUCCAUCUCUGACGCACAGAACUUCUUGUAUCUAUAUCUCCCAAUAAUUCUAGUCACGGCCUUAGGAAUCUGGAUCUCAGUCCUUGAUCUUGACAUCAAGCGCCUGGAUCCUUGGUGUCGCCUUUCUGGAAAUGACGGUGACUCCGCAUCGACCCUCUUCUGCCAAUACGAUACCGCUUUCAUACUUGUUGUGAUAUACCAGGCAGUGCGUGCCCAGCACUGGAUUGUGGCCAGUUCGUCGGUCCUGAUGAUCACAGCAGUUAUUGUCAUUCCUGCACUUCAGAAUUCACUUUUUACCACGACUACCAAAUCAAUCUCUCAAAAAUCUCUUGUUGGGGUACCGUAUGGAAUUGUUAACGCCUCAGUCCAGACACGAACUAUGAGCAAUAGCUUUCUAAUCACUGCGUAUUCGAUUGCUUGGCUUGGGCAAAGUGACCCUCCCUUUUCCACGGCAUCCAAUGUACUAACCCCCUUCGAUCACCCAUCUAUCAAAAGUGCUCUGCAGGAUUCUGUUGCUUCUACAUCCUUGACCAGGUUUUGGUCGGAGGUCGAUUGCUGGAAGCCUCAGGCCGUGAUUAGGAAUAAAACAGGCAAGGAAAUCUCCUUCGACGAUGGGAGAGGCUGUCGACUGAACAGCGUUUUUAGCGACGACGUUCAUUGGAAUACAUCGGUGUCACAGGUCUCGGCUCUACACAUCCCGGUCAACUCUCCCGGGUUUACACUCAUUGGAGACAUCGAUAUGUCUAAGAACAUAUCAUCAAUGUGUCCCGAAUAUCCAAACCGCUUUCUGUCCGUUUGGUGGAUAGCUGGAUCGACCCCCGACUUCAGCAACCGUGGUAACGGAACCGCCCUGUUUUGCGAUGUGAGCUUUUACAGACAACCGGUAGUGGCCAAAAUCUUUCUCUCGAACGAUAGCGUCGAUUCAAUCCAUGCCAUGGGUCCCAAAAUGCUCCUUUCGCAAGAGGAAUUCAACAGUACGCAUUUUCAGAACAUAACUGUCGGAGGCAGACCACCAAACGCGUACAGCAUGCAGGGAAACAAUCAACAAGUGAUGAUUAAUAUUGACGAGGCAAGCGAAAUAGACAACGGGCGGCGAACAUGGUACUUGAAUUAUAGUACCCCGGUGUACCCUUCGUUGCCAUCAGGCUUCAUGGUUGACUGGUUGGUUACAUUGACGCAACUACCGAUUCACGAAUACCUCAACUCUUCAAAUCUCGCAACAUCUUAUGAUCAAACGUACCAGCAGCUCUUUGCUUUAGCCAUGGGUCAUAAUUUCGCACCACAGUCAGAGACCCAGCUAGAAGUCGAGAUUGAGGGAUUACAGAAAGUCGUUACAUUAGUACCUGCUUUCGCGUACACCAUAGAAGCGCUGUUUUUGAUUGCGUUGAUUCUUUGCCUUUUCUUGGCUUGGCAAGUUAUUCCCAGACGGUUGCUUCUAGUUCGAAAUCCAGAUUCUUUGGCUCAAGUCAUGGAUCUUGCUCGUUCUGCAACUGUGCAGAGCAAGUUCAGAGCUUACAGCAGUUCGACUGAGCGGGAGAUGAAGAAAGGGCUACAAAAUGACAAGUUCAGGCUUGCAAUGUCAACAGAUGGCCGUCCGGUUUUGUGCAAGUUCAACCCUCGAUUGCACAUCCAGCCAUCUCAAUGCAACAGGAAGGUUCAGCCUUCGUCUAUUGCCAAACCCGUACUAGAGUUGUCGUGGAAAGCUACAUUUUUGGCCUUAUCGUUGAUCACCUCAUUCACGGUCCUUUUAUACGUGCUGAAUAGUCAAGCAGAGAAAAAUAAUGGUAUUUCCUUGCCUAAAGGAGGUACGUUUACUGUUCAGCUUGCGCUUAGUUUUGCACCCACAAUCUUUGCGACUCUUCUUGGAGUCUACAUCAAUGCCGUCUGUCGAGCAACUUCAUUUUUGAAGCCUAUGGAGCAUCUUAAGAGAGGACACGCUAAAGCCAAAAGUACACUCCUUGCCAACUUCACCUCACUCCCUCCAACAGUCUUAUUUGCGAGAGCUUUCCGAGCCAGACAAUAUUUUCUUACACUGCUGAGUCUCUUGGCCCUUCUGUCCAAUGUCCUCACUGUUUCCAUGGCCGGCAUCUUCGUCCAAUAUGAUGAAGUCAUAGUAAAAGGUACAUCCGUUGUACAAUUAAAAGAGCCGUUCCUAGACCCCGCGACACCUCAAUCACUGGUAUUGGAGCUCUAUCAAGAUUCGAUUUUCACAGUCGCUGCGAACGCGUCGGGGCUUACAAAGUUGCCAACCUGGACAACGACGGAGUAUGGUUAUCUUCCUGUCGACCUGGGCUCUCUUAACCGCAGCACGCAGGAUCAACAAAUAGGGUUCCAGAGUGUUGGAUACGGUGCGGAUUUAGACUGUGUCAACUUUCUAGACAUUUAUCCAAACCAAAGCGCACAUUUCGAGUUCUCGGAAAAUUAUACAAAUCUCGCAUUCAGCUUCUGUUAUGGUUGGCCAAGUGGGGAAUCUGCAUCUUGCGAUUCUUCCAUGCGCCAGUCGUCCUAUUUGAACAAUAUUUCAAAUAUACCAGUUAACGUUGUCUCAUCUUACGAACUACAAACAGCCGUAACACGACCAAAUGGACCGAAUGACCAGCCGAUUUGGAACGGGCAGGAGAACGAGCAGCAAAUUAUUUUAGGGUGGCUUCGCGGUAGGUGGGCGGCAAACACAACACCAACUCUAGAAGCUCUGGAUCCACAGUCAAUCCAAGGGAGAACCUUUGAGUACAAUGCUACGGUGAUAGCAUGUCGGCCACGACUCAAAACCCAGAGAUCUGUUAUACGGGCUGAUAUGGAGGGAAAUAUAAUUUCCGCAAGGCACUUGGGACCCCCGGAUUACAAUACCAGCUCUAGCAUGAAUCUAACCAACUCACUCCGAGCCACCAUCAGCGGUACGACGCGAGGUUUCACCGCCAACGCUAAAGGAUGGCAUGCCAACAUCAUCGCUCAAGACUGGCCAAACUACCUCUACAAAACCAUACUCAACGGGACCGGUAUUGUGGAUCCCGCCAACCCUGUACCGUCUGUUGAAUUUGCGAGCAAAAUUGCUUCACAGACAUUUGGUCGUCAAUUCGUUGCCCAGCUGUUCCUGGAUCGCCAGUAUCUCAAAAACGCCGAUACCAAGUCCAGCGACGGAAUGCAAAGCGCGAACCUCUACCGCUCUGUUCGCCGCUUCCGUCUCUCCACCCCCAUGUACAUUAUCACUCAAGUCAUACUCACCCUCGAUCUCAUCGUUCUCUUGAUUAACCGGUUUUUAUUGUCAAAGCCAUUCCUGCCGCGGCAACCGUCUACCAUUGCAUCGCAGAUUGCCUUUUCGGCUGCGUCGCAUGUUAUUGACGAUGUUGCCGCAGCGGUCAAGGGCGCUCGGGGCGAUCCAGGGCUCGAAGUAUUGGAUACCCAAUUGGGGUACCGAUUUGGGUAUGGUAAAUUUGUUGGCAAGGAUGGGAGGUCGCAUGUAGGCAUUGAGCGAGACCCCUUCGUACAGAAACUGGAUUGA